GAAAAGCAGACACACAAACUGUCUGCUGGAAAAUUCCCAACAUGAUAAGAUGUUGCAAUCAUGCAACCGAGUCAUCUUUACGCAGAGCCGUGGCGGACUGUGGAGGUUUCUGCGUGUCAAGGCUUUCAAAUCGUUCAUUCUCCAUCGUGAAAGGCGCUUUUGUGACUCAUUGGGUGUUCGGCAGCAGGACUGGAGGAGCCACUUUCUCGUUCGUCCCCCCAGGAGCAUGUGUGGACCAAGUUCUGCGUCCGCUGCGCAUCUCCGCAUCCAGGACGAGAGAGACUCGAAGGGAAGAAAAAAAAAUAGAUGAAUUCAAAGGAAGCGGCGACCUCAGCGGGGCUACUACGUUGUUUGGAUCUACUUGAGCGGGUCUUAAGUCGGGCUGCUCCCCUCCGAGCGCGCAGCCGAACCCGAACAUGACUUGGGUCCUCCCCUCGUCCAAAGCCCUCUACAUGGGCAUGGAGGUGCUGAUCGCGGUGUCGUCGGUCAUCGGGAACGUGAUGGUGGUUUGGGCCGUGCGCAUCAACCGCUCGCUACGGGACACCACGUUUUGCUUCAUCGUGUCCCUGGCCUUGGCUGACAUUGCGGUGGGCGCUCUCGUCAUCCCCCUCGCCAUCACCAUCAGCAUCGGACUCCACACUCACUUCUACAGCUGCCUGCUGGUCGCCUGCACGGUGCUGGUCCUCACGCAAAGUUCCAUCCUGGCCCUGCUGGCCAUCGCCAUCGACCGGUACCUGAGAGUGAAAAUACCCAUGAGCUACAAGCGAGUGGUGACCCCUCGGCGAGCUGGCAUGGCCGUGUUGCUGUGUUGGCUGGUGUCCAUCCUAGUGGGCCUCACACCUAUGUUUGGCUGGAAUAAUCUACAGCAUCUCCGAGACAAUGGAUCCCUUGUCGGCGAUGACCUUGUGGUGAUCUGCCAGUUUGAGACAGUCAUCAGCAUGGACUAUAUGGUCUACUUCAACUUCUUUGGCUGGUUGCUGCCCCCUCUGCUCCUCAUGCUGGUCAUCUACGUGGAGAUCUUCUACAUGAUUCAUAAGCAGCUCAAUAAAAAGGUGACAGUGAGCCAUGCGGACCCCAGUCAAUACUUCGGCAAGGAGCUCAAACUUGCCAAGUCCUUGGCCCUCGUUCUGUUGCUCUUUGCGGUGAGCUGGCUUCCCCUUCACAUCCUCAACUGCAUUACUCUCUUUUGCCCCGAUUGUGACAAGCCGGGAUUCCUCAUUUACAUCGCCAUCCUGCUAACGCACGGCAACUCUGCGGUCAAUCCCAUCGUGUAUGCUUUCCGCAUUAAGAAAUUCCGCACAGCUUUCAGCAAAAUCUGGAAACAGUAUGUCAUGUGUCGGGAUUCGGUCGGUCAGCUUCCUCAGAGAGGAAGCCAGAGAAGACAGAGCACUGAGAGGAGGCUGAGGCACAAUGAUGAUGACGAUGAUGAUGAUGUGUGACCCUUGGCGCCAAACAACGACUCUGUCUCGGUACAGUGUUUAGCACUAUAAAAGCUGAAGCAAUUAAAAAUGGACGUUACUUAAAGGACAUCAGACAGCUGGCUGUGGAUCUACUCCAUCCAGAACUCCUUUACCCUCCCCUUCAUUUGGAAACUGCCACAGCAAGUCAAUUGCAUGAGUGGUUUUGGCUUAGUCUUUACACCGGAUGCCCUUCCUGACGCAACCUUGGCUGGGAUUCGCACUCUUGCCUUCUGCCAUGAAAGGCAGAAGCGCGUACCAUGACACCACCAGGGACCCCUUCGGAACUCUCUAUGAGAAUAGGAUAAUCAGACGCUGACUCAGAUGGGAAUGUUUUUGUUUAUGUCUCUACCAGCUACAAUUUGUUGAUGAUGUCAUAUGGGAUAAGGGGCUUAUCGUGGAUUUGAAUGACUAUGAUUCAGUCUACGCUCUUCUUCUUUUUGAACUUAAGUGCAACGCUUUUUGGAUUCCAUUUUAAGUAACGUGAUAUGGGCUUCACAAACACAGUUUGGUUAACUUGAGACGGGCAGAAUUCCAAUCGGAUGCUUUUAGAGGGAGAAAGCUGGAGCAGGAAUGUUGACUGCACAGAUGGAAAAAUCUUAUCCCUUGUCAUUUUGAACUGUUGGAUUUUAUUAGUAGAGCUUCAUUCAUUCAUUCAUUUUCUACCACUUUUUCCUCACAAGGGUCGCGGGGGGUGCUGGAGCCUAUCCCAGCUGUCUUUGGGCGAGAUCAAUCACAGAGCCAAUCACAGGGAACAUAUAGACAAACAACCAUUCACACUGACAUUCAUACCUAUGGACAAUUUGGAGUCGCCAAUUAACCUAGCAUGUUUUUGGAAUGUGGGAGGAAACCGGAGUACCCGGAGAAAAGCCACGCUUGCACGAGGAGAACAUGCAAACUCCACACAGAGAUGGCCGAGGGUGGAAUUGAACCCUGGUCUCCUAGCUGUGAGGUCGAGUGGCGCUAACCACUCGACCAUUAGUAGAGCUUCAAAUACAAAACGUCCAAGUCCAUAGCUCAACGAUGGUGUGUCGUCACUCUCGUGUCUGAGCACAAGGGAAGUUAAUGUGACUGAAAACACCACACCACCGUUCAAGACCGAUGCUUCAUUUUAACCGUAGAACGUACUGCAACUGAAUGACUACUGCAACUGAAUGUCACUCUCUCCCUAAAACGUAGUGAGAUUGAAAGCGACCACUUUGUGUCACUGAGCAGAUUGGACUCAUCUGUAAGUGUGAAAUUUGGGUAGAGUGGGUGAUGGAAUUACAUAGAGUCCAUCCCAAAAUGAUUCACAAACUGGCCUAUUUUGAGUUAAGUGGUCAUUUUUUUGGUGCAUUAGCAGGGAAUGUCGCAAGAAAAUGGCAAAAAAGGCGUGCUACUCUCAUUAUUUUAACAUUUCAAAAAUGUUUCUCAAUGUACAAGAAGUGGAAAGCCGGCAGAGCCCCGACAGAAGCGGAAGAGCGCUUACAACAUGCUGAUAUCAUGAUCACGGUGACUCAAGGGAGUCCAAGUUGGAAGCAGACUAAGGCAAAGGACCGGAGAGAGAUGGCCCACAAGGAGAUUUGGGCAGUGGAGGAAGUGGGCAGUAGCCAUGAAAGAGGAGGGCAGCUGGACCCGGUGGGACGGUGUCCAUGGGAGAUCCGAGUUACAAGGACAUCUGGAGUGUGAAUAAAGUUCCUUCGCUCUGUUUAUGAUGUACUGCCAAUGACAACAAACGUCCGAAGAUGGAGACCGGAAGAGGCUCCCUCCUGGACACGGUGCUAGAAACCAGCAAACCAGGAACACAUUCUGUCUUAGGUUUAGUUGGCACCAUGGGGUGCUGGAGUGACUGGGUGCUGGCAUGACUUGCCGAUGGACUGGAUUAUAAGAGGAAGCGACAAGGAACCAAGGCCCAUGACAAACGGCAAAGGACCGAGAAAUCAGAGUCGACCUUCGAAGGCAACUCAGGUUUCCAGAGGGGAUUGCGGGAACUGACCUCGGACCAGACGUCGUGCUCUGGUCCCGGACAACAAAGCAGGUUGCCUUGAUAGGAUGGAAGAGGCCCAUGAACGCAAGCUGAGCAAAUAUCAGUCGGUCAUGGAGAGAGAGCAUGGAACUUACCGGUGGAGGUUGGUUGAGUUCGAUGCCAACCACCUUUGUGACGUCCAUUUUUAGAAAGACAUUCAUUCAUUUUCUACCGCGGGGGAUGCUGGAGCCUAUCCCAGCUGUCUUCAGGCGAGAGGCGGGGUACACCCUGGACCGGUGGCCAGCCAAUCACAGGGCACAUAUAGUCAAACAACCAUACACACUCACAUUCAUACCUAUGGACAAUUUGGAGUCGCUAAUUAACCUAGCAUGUUUUUGGAAUGUGGGAGGAAAACGGAGUACCCGGAGAAAAUGCAAACUCCACACAGAGAUAGCUAAGGGUGGGAUUGAACUCUGCGCGCUAACCACUCGACUGCCGUGCAGCCUGACAUGAAUAGAACAUCAAUAUUUUCCUUAUGUCUUGUGCAGCUAAAACAAAACUCACUUGAUGCAAGAUGUGGCCAGUGUGUGAAUAAUUUUGCGUGUGAGUGUAAGUACAGUGUUUUUGUUUCAUCAUGGGAAUCAGGGCUGUUAUUAUCACCGUCGUGAAGUACACUAGUACUAGUAUUCAGUAUUCACCCUUUGUGACACCAUGUAGAAUACACAGUAGAACACCAAUAUAUACGCUUAUAUAUAUAUUGUGGUAGAUGUUGUCUUUGCAUACAACUAUUUGAAGGGUAAUUUAUGUCUUAUGUUGUAAAAUGCUUUUAUUUGUACUUUUUAUUUGUAGAAAUGAUUGUAAUUUAUUUAUUGAACAUUUCAAAGCUAAGCUCAAGCAGGCAAGUGCAAGUCAAUUUUUCAUGUCCGAGCUUUACAAAUCAUAGUUAUACUUUAAUAUUGAUGUACAUUAAAUUAUUACAUGUGGAAAAUGCGUUACGCCAGGGAUGUCCAAAGUGUGGGCUGGGAGCCAUUUUUGGGUCGUAGCUUGUUUUUUUUUUUUAAUGGCCCUUGGUAUAUUGGAAAAUAUGGUGAAUUAAUUAUUAAUGAUAUAUAUGACAAUAUGUAGAUUUUAGAAGAAUUUGCUUUGUUACUUACAACACAAAGCUAUCCUAUUUGUUUAAAGAGGUAAGCAUACAGUUUACUGACAUACACUGGAUUAUUUCAGCGUUUUUAAUAUCCAGUAAGUAUUUCUGUAUGUGGCCCUCAGUGGAAAAGGUUUGGACACCGGUUUAUGCCAAUGAUCCUCAAACUGUCACCACAAAAAUAUAUAUUUUUGCAAGUACCGCCGUGUUUGCUACCUCCGCAUACCACGGUUUACCCCUGAAUGUGAAUGUAUUUGUAUUGUAUUCACAGGUAAUUGGCUUGCAGUCUUAGGUGGUGAAAUAUUGCAUCAUUUGAAUUUCAUUUCAGCAAAUCUUUGGUUAAUAAAAUUGUAUUUCUACUCUUUAUUUUAUAUAUAUGUCCUUAAUAUCAUUUCAUUUUUAUAAAAAUAAACCCCUGCUGUUCCUGAGUAUUACAUGGAGCCCAGUACCACAUGUUGAAAGUGAAUGGUUUAUGUAGUACUAUUUAUUUUGCGAGUUGUUUUCUGCGGUACCCAUUUUGGCCACAAAAGGCAAAAGCACAUUUUUUUUUUUUAUUCAUAAUUCAAACUCUCUCAAAGCUCUUUGAGUUGAAUAAACCACAAAUAGGAACUUUAUUUUCAUUUAUAAUGAUAAAAUGUAUUUCAUCCAUUUUUUUUAGAUCUAAUCUUAAUCUAUAUACUGCAUUUUGCUGAUUUUAUGCACGUAAAUCACCAAACACGAGUGUGAAAGAGACGGUGGUGCAUGUCUGCCUCUAGGGGCCAAACUGAGUAUUACAUUAUAUAAAUGUACGAGAUAAAUCAGAAUAAAGAAUUCAAACGAUUCAUCGUGGGAUGUAUGGACAAUAACGGUACUAAAUAUAUACUAAAUAUACUAAAUAACGGUCAUAAAAUUGAGAAUUAUUCAGAUUCUACACAUACUGCAGUGUCUUUACCUUUUAAUGUGUUUAUCUCAACCAGUUGAAGAAAUACACUACCACAUGAAAACAGUGUAAAUAUAGAACACAGUAAUUGUAUUACUUUACAUACACAAUUUCGAUGGGUAUGUUGUCCACUUGAAUACAUAAUGCCGUACCCCAAAUAAACCUGUUCUGUUUUCAAGAGGUGGCUGUUAUUACUUGGAUACCAACAUGUGGCGCCCUAGAUGCCAUUAUGUCAUUACUAGACGCCUAGAUGCCCAACAUGGCAUCUGUAAAGCUGGCGUCAAGAAUGAAUUUUGUGAUGUCUACUGACAAGAGGCACGAUAUACGAUAUUGGGUGCACAAGAAUGGGACGGGAUGAUAUUUUAACAUUACUUUAAGACUCCACUGACACCAUAUAGGACUGGACAAACAAACUAUCUCACUUAACUGAGUCCCAAAACAAUGCAAGUACAUUUUUUUUUACAUUUGGUGUUUAACUGUUCUAACAAAAUGAAAAUUUGUAAUUCAAAUAAUAAUGGCAGUGGUAGCUCCGACGACUCAUCAUUUAUGUUGAUGUAUAGUUAUGACAAGACAAAUGUAAAAUUGAUUGCAGUAGAUUAGCCCUAUGUUUGCACUAAAAGAACCCACCUCUCCAUUGUUCCAUAACAAUCGUCAUUUGACACCACCGUUCCUGCCUGGACCCACCUCCUCCUUUAGAGAAUAAAUAGAUGGGAUCUUGUACCAAGCUCUCAGACUAUAGAGCUGGCCUAGCUAGUCUAAAGCCUACUCAGAUGAGACGUGAAACAAGACAACCCAAGACAACCCGAACAGUCCAGUUGUGAUGGAUGACAAUAUUCAUGGGCCACUUAUGUGUUCCGUGAAGUUUAAGAAUAAUUGUCACAUUUUAAUGUCGUAAACAUCCCUAGCAAUGAUACAAAAAGUGGCAAAACGUCCGAAGGCAACACACGCUUUGGUCUGCUGCAUUUGUGGAGCCACUUCAGCAGCACCUUGGCACACUUGAGUCUGCAGCGAGGUAGCCACGCAACGACUAAGUCAAUAAAAAGCAGCUGGUCGACACUAUUUUACUUAUUCUAGCGAAUAAGAGAAAG